AGUAAUGCAUAUUAUGUUCUGACCUUUGAGGUGAAAAGGUAAUACUAUGAGAGCCUUCCUAAGGAGCUCAGAAGGGUGUUUUCAGCUGAAGCCACAAACAACCACGAUCGGGAGACACGAAGGGUCAGACAUCGUGCUGAAGUCUGCAGGGGUAGAGGAUCAUCACGCGGCCCUCAAUUUCGACGGCUGGGAGAAUGGCUUUGUCCUGCAGGACCUCAAUUCUCCCCAGGGCACCUUUGUGAACGGCUGCCAGGUGCAAAACGCGGCGGUGCGAGUGAGCCCAGGCGACAUCCUGCACUUCGGGGCACAGGGAGCAUCCUUUGAGCUAGUGGUUGAUGAAGUCCCACAGACCUCCUAUCCUCCAGUGAAACGUCGCAUAGCAUGGGCUGGGCAGCUCCAGGUGCCUGCAGAUCCCCAGCACUGCCCUGCUGUGUCUCCUGCCCAUCUCCCACUGCUGCAGUCCCAGCAUCGCCCCAGCACUUGGAGCAGCUGGGCUCCUGCUGCAGCCAGCCCCGUGCCCCAUCCACCACUCCAGAAGCGACCCCUGAGCGCCUGGACCAGGAGUGCGACCGCCUCCAGCCCUCCAGAUGCUUUCAGUCGGCCCCCUGCAGAGAGGCCAGCCUGGACCACAAUCUCAGGCAAUGAUCCAAGUAGUGGGGCAGGAGCCCCUUUCCUGAGGAUUCAUAGCGUGGACUGCCUCCUGCAGGAAAAGGAUGAAAAGCUGCUGAGACUGGAAAAGGAAAUCAGUCGUCUCUCUGGUUUUGAAGCAGAAUCAAAGCAGAAAGAUACAGUGAUAAGGAGUCUUCAGGACAAAAUUGCAGAGAUGGCCAAGACCAUGGCCCAGGCUGCUGCUAGAAGCGAUGUGGAGCUGACCCAAAAGCUUCUAACGUUUGACAGAGAAAUCAGAGCCAAAACAGAAGAGAUUAAAACCUUAAAGGAACAGAUCAGUGACUUGCAGAAAGAUUCAAGUGAAAUUUUUAGCCAUUCUCUUUAUGAAAGAGACCUGGAAAUUGGAAGCCUGAGAAAAGAAAGUGAGAAGCUAAAGAGGGAUCACGCUUUGACCACAGGUCUAGUGACCAGCCUGCAAAGGGAGAUUGCUGUGAAGGAGCAGAAAAUUCAGCAACUCAAGCAGGACGUGGAGAAAAUAAAGAAGGCAAACAGAGAAAAGGACAACCAGCUGGCUGUUGUGUCUGCCAAGUGCUCUAGACUUAAAGAGGAAAUGAAGCGUGAACUCGGAGAGAGGGAUGUGACUCCAUACCAAAAACGCAUUGGGGAGCUGGAGUGUGACCUGAAGGGCUUGCAGGGAGAAGUCCAGAAGUAUCGCAUUGAGCAGGAAACCAUCCAAAGCAAGCUGUCUGAGAAAGCAAAGGCUGAAGAGGAGCUGAAAAAUGCCUGUGAAAGGAAAUCUCUGCAGUUACAGGAGAUGGGGCGCAGGGAGCGCCUGCUGAAAUCUGACGUGGAUCGUGCCAAAGUGCAGCUGGCAUCUUUCAAAAUGCAAGUGGUACAAGUCUGCCUCCCACAAGCAGCAGGAGAGGCAGGGAAGGCCCUCACCGUCCAGCAGGUACUUGAGAAGGUCAGGCAGAUCUGUGAGGAAAACCAACAAAGUCAGGAAAGAGAGAAGCGUCUCCAGGAGGAAAUAAGUGCCAGGCUCUCGAAGGAAAAGGAGGUGUCUGAAAAUGUCACGGUGUUCAAGGAAUCAGUGCGUGAGCUCCAGGCUUUCCUGGGGACCUCGUUCUGCAGCGACAGCUUGAGGAGGGAGCUGUGCAAGUUCGAGGCCGUGCUUGUGGACCCCUUGGUGUCGGACGUGCAGGCAGCUGUGGUGGAAAUCGCUCGCGUGGCCCUGUCGUGGCUGGAGGGAGCGGAGCAGCUGCUGGCAAGCGCAGGGUUGGACCUGCCCACCUCUGGCAAAGGAUUGACAGCCUGUCUCAAGAGGUUGUUGGAAAAUAAUCAGGAAACCACGCAAAGGAAUAAAAUGUUACAGGCCCAAUUAGAGGAAUUCCGGGAGUCUCAGGAUGCUCUGCUGCAGGAGCGCCUGAAAGAGCAGCAAGUGAAAUACGAGCAAGACCUACAGAUAAAAAUCAAUCAAAUCAUACUGGAAAAGGAGGAGGAGAAAAAAGAGAUUAUGAAGAGCGCCGCUGAAAAGGAGAAGGACAGGUGUGAGAAAUACAUGGGUGAAGAAAAGAAGAUGGUCCGGGACUUGGAGAGCCGCCUGAGAAGCAUGACUGAGGUAAUGGAGAUGAAGUCCAAAGAGCAGGAGGUUACAGAUCUCAAGCUGAGGGAAGCUCUGCGCAGCCUGGAGGAAACCACGGCACGAGAGAUGAUGUUAAAGCAGCAGGUGCUCAGGCAAGAUGAGCAGCUCAAGAUCGUUCAGGAGGAGAGCGAGGUACUGAAGCAGAAAGUCCAGGAAGAAAUAGCAGGAUAUAAAGAGCAAAUUAAGCAACAUGCUCGGACAAUUGUUGCUUUAGAAGACAGCCUGCUGGAGGCUGAGCAGCAGCAGAAGAUGCUUGAGAAGGAAAAUAUCACGCUCCUGGAAAAAAUAGAAGGACUUGAGAGUGAUGCCUGCAGGGUGACAUCGGGAGCAUCACAGGAGGCCUCUUGCACCGAGGAGUCUCACCGUUGUGUUCUGGAAGAGCUGGCUGCUGCGCAGAGCGUGCUCCUGGCCAAAGAGGCUGCUAUUGCCAGGUUAACGAAGGAGCUCUCGGAAACCCAAGCCAGGAUGUCAGACAUGAGAGGAGAGCUCAGCGAGAAGCAGAAGGCGGAGCUGGAGUGGAGCCUGGUCCAGGUGAAGAGCCAGGAGCGGGACUUGAACACACUGAGGGAGAAGCUGUCGGAGAUGUCCAAGCUUGUGGCUCAGAAGGAUCAAGAGCUGAAAGCAGCAGCUGCAGAGUUAAGGCAAGCCCAAGAAGACUGCAAAGCGCUGCAGGCUGCAUCCCGAGAGAAGGCACAAGAGCCGGAGACUCUUCUGCAGGCACGGGUGACACCUGCCAUGGUGGAGGUAGCCUCUGAGACGGAGCCAGCUUUGGACCUGGCUGAGCUGGGUGCAAAAUGCCGAGGCCUCAGGCACGAGGAAACAAUCCAGCGCCAAAAAGAAGGCUUGGUGGAGCUCCGGGAAAGGAUCAAGCUGCUGGAGAAGAUGCAAUCCUCGAUUGUCAUGAGCAAGGCUGCCCAGUCACUCAUAGUCCAGCAGACAGACUUGCCAGAGAAGAGAGCCCAGAAAGCAGGCCUCGAGAAGGAGGCUGCACCGCUGUCAGGAGCAAAAACGAAGUGCAGCAAGUGUCUGGGACGAUUUCCUGACAGGUGCUCGCACGUGACCGCCCACGAGACAGCAAGCUUGGAGGUGCUGGAAGCAUUAGACCUCGGGGAGAGGAUGUACCUGGACUUAAUUUGUGCUCUGGGAAGGCUGAUGAAUAUGGAGGAGCUGGCAGGAAUGCAGUCUGUGCAGCAUCUUCCUCAGGAAGAGAGGGAAAAAGUAGGGCAACAGAGACGGAAGGACUUCGAGCUGCUGUACGAGAAAAUCAGCAAGCUCAAGAGUCGCCUGGAAAAGAAAGAGGAAUUGCUCAAAGAUUACGAGGCCCAAAUCAAGGAGCUCAGGCUGAACCAGGAGGCCUUGCAAAUGUGCCAGGAAGAGGUGUUGAAACUGGAAGAUGAAGUCUACAGGGAAGCAGAAGAGAAAGCUCUGCUAAGAGAGGCUCUGGAGAGGACCCAGGUCCAGCUGGGGCAGGAGAAGAGGCUGAAUCGAGUGGUGAAGCAGCGCAAGAGCCUUGACAAGGAGAAAAGAAAGGAGAAGGUGCCUCCUGGCUGUGCCCAUUCUUCCAGAGGACGAGGAGGGAAGCCUGGACCCCAGCCAGUGGUGCCAGCGAAGCUGAAGACCAAGGAAUGCCCAGCAGAACCCUCAGAGGUGACGGGUGGCACGUAGGAGUACCACCCCACGGGCCUUCAGCUCACAGAGGAGAACGGCAGGGAAGCACCAUUGGGUUUGGGUGCAGCACCAGGAGGGCAGGUAGUUGGAAGAACCUGUGCGAGAGGAUCCCGGGGUGUCCCCUGGGACUGCUGCAGGGCCCGUGAAGCACUCAGGGGCUUUGGAAGUCCUGCGGGACCUGUACCACAGCACACGGUGUGGUUUGUGGGGGUGUGAAUACAGCCUGGUGAGCGCCUGUGA